AUGGCAGAAAUCGCAGGGCCAGCGGCCAGCUCCAGCGACGCUGCCGCUGCCGCUGCCGCCCAGCGCGCAUCAGAACAAGCGCGCCUUCGCCGGGAGCGCCGGGAGGCCAAAAUCAGGGCCGGCGGCGCAGCACGACUAAACAAGAUCAAUGGCAUGGCCGGCCGCAUCGUGCGAGGUACGUGGCUCUCCGAUCCCGUCCGCCCAUCACAGCCCGACCUGCCAUGUUGCGCUUCCCAGCUGAAACGGCAAGCAGACGGCGACGACCAAGCCACGCCCACAGCAGCAGACAAAACCGCGUCACCGUCGAAACCCGCAACCCACGGCGACCCCGACGAAGUCGACAUCUCGCAACACUUGUACGCACCGCAAACCACAGCCCGGCCCGUGCCCUCGUCCCCCUCCCCGGGCCCUGAACCCAUCAUCUCCGAAGCCCGACUCCGCCAAAUGAUGCUCGGCUUCGACCGGCCAUCCGACCCCAACACCCCCGGGUCCUCGACCCCCAGCAACGGCAACAUGCCCAACACGGACGACGACCCCCUCAUGAAGAUGAUGGCCCAAGUGAUGGGCCAAGCUGGCACCCCUCCCUUUCCCGGGAUGGGAAACAUGUCGGCACAGCAAGUACAGCAGCAAGGCGCCGCCGCCGCCGCGCCGUCCGCCUACCACACAACCUGGCGUCUCGUCCACGCCCUCGUCGCCCUCAGCCUCGGCCUCUACCUGACCCUCUUGACCACCUUCUCCGGCACCAAGGCGGAGCGCGACGCCGCCGCCCUCGCGCACGUCCAGCACACGGCCGCCGACGACGACAACGAGCACCACAAGCGCACCUUCUUCUGGGUCUUCGCCACCUCGGAGGCCGUGCUGCUCACGACCCGCGUCUUCCUCGACAGGGGCCGCGCCCCGCCGCCCGGCAUCCUGUGGACCGUGGCGGGCUUCCUCCCGGACCCCGUCCGCGGCUACGUGAGCGUCCUCCUGAAGCACGGCCAGAUUUUCACCACCGUCAGGACCGACGUACUGACCUGCAUGUUUGUCCUGGGCGCGUGUUCCUGGCUGAGGUCCUGA